AUGCUUUCUGUCCUUCCUUUGACGCUUCUGUCAUUGCUCUCCGCUAUCGGAUUUGCUUCCGGCUCGUCUCGUUCGGUUUCGGGGCAGUCCUUUGCCCAGACUGGCCUGCUCUUGCUCUUGCAGCAUGUCGGUCUAACCAAUGGUGUCUCCUUGGACAGCCGGGCAAACAACUUGCAGACAGACACCAACGGGUCGAGUUUCAUUUGGACGAUCCAGGACACGUAUGAGGGGAAGACCUUUUUUGAUACGUUCGAUUUCUUCACGGGCAGUGAUCCUACACAUGGCAUGGUGAACUAUACUGACCGGGAGACGGCCCUUGCGAAUAAUCUCACGUUCAUCACGGACGAUGGCAAAGUUAUCAUGAAAGGAGACGACACCACCACGCUUGCUUCAGGAGUUUACCGUAAUAGCGUGCGUAUCUCUAGCCAGAAACAAUACAACACGGGUCUGUUCAUCCUGGACCUGAAUCACGCCCCUUGGGGUUGCGGUGUAUGGCCUGCCUGGUGGACACUGGGCGGUGGUCAAUGGCCCUACACUGGCGAGAUUGAUAUCAUUGAGGGCGUGCACGAUAACGCACACAACCAGGUGACAUGGCAUACUGGCCCCAAUUGCACGCUGAACACGAAUGCGACGUUCACCGGCACCGUGGUUACCACAAACGGGCAGCCCAAUACGCUUUGCGACGGGACGCUCAACAACAACGCCGGAUGCGGUGUCACCGAAUGGAGUCGGGCGUCCUAUGGCCCAGUCUUCGACGCCCAAGGCGGAGGCGUGUUUGCCAUGAAGUGGGAUGACCAGGGCAUCGCCGUCUGGUCGUUCUAUCGCGUGGCCGUCCCAGCCGACGUCCUCUCCGGCAAUCCUGAUCCUUCAAACUGGGGAGAGCCUGUCGCGAUGCUGGAUCCGAGCGGGUGUGACCCCAUCGCGAACUUCGUGAACCACUCGAUUGUAUUCGACAUCACUUUCUGCGGCGAUUGGGCAGGCAACUCAUACGCCACCUCUGGCUGUCCCGGGACGUGUACGGAUCGCCUGAUGGAUCCGAGCAACUUCGUCAACGCGUCCUGGAGCAUCAAUACCCUGAAGGUGUAUCGGAAACAAACCCUUACGGGCCUCGUCAGUGGCGGACAGAGGGAGACGUCCGUACCUGCUCUUCACCAGGUGAUCUGGCUGGGAAUUGCGCUUCCCAUGCUCGCCCUCGUGGUUCUGUAG